AUGGAGAGCUCCUCGUCGCCAAAAUCACAAAGGCCUAGCUUCGCAAAAGGGUCGCUGCUUCGUCGACCUUCAUACCUUGACGAUCACCUGGAGUAUCGCUCUCAUCAAAGUGGUCCCACAACCAGCAUCGAUGGUAUUCUUGAGCAGCCGAUAGCGCCGGCUGGUGGUGCUGUCUCUUCGACAUCGCUAGCCUCACCUCGCAAGUCGAUCGUUGGCGCAAUUGCACCCUCACAUGUGCCGCACCAGGACUUCGACACUGUGCACACCAUUUCCCACACCAAUUGUAUACAGGAAAAGAACACCGCACCUAGGCUGGUCGCUACGGUGUACUACAACAUAAACAACCCGCGACAUGCGAACCCACAUCCUGAUCACUCUCCUCAUGCUAAACCGAGUGAUACCAUCCCACCACCGUCCAUAGCAGAAGGCCUCGCGCCAACGAGCAAUAUAUUAGACUACCCACUGGAACCUCCGGGUCCUGAACCGGAGCCAUUAGACCACCUCUACGGUCCCUACAUUUCACAACUUUGUCUCACCCACUUCCUAGCCACUCUCGAUAGUCUCCUCAUUCACAAUGCACCCGAACAGCGCCGUCUGUUCUCAACACAUCGUUGUCUUGCACCCGAUAGUACGAAGCCACGUAUCAUGGAGGUAACCUUCUCCCCACCACCAAAUCCCGAAUACCUUCCUUUCAAUCUCCUCUCGAAACACGAGAGCAUUUACAAGUUUGAACGGGAAUGGAAUUGUGAGGUCGUGCUGCAGCCAAACUCUAUCUACAGACGGCACAAGCGACUCUGCGUGUUCGAUAUGGAUAGCACUCUCAUACAGCAAGAGGUCAUUGACGAGAUAGCCGCUUUCGUCGGGGUUCAAGAUGAGGUCUCGGCCAUAACCGCACGAGCUAUGAACGGAGAACUCGAUUUCAGUGCCUCCCUUAGAGCACGAGUUGCGCUACUGAAGGGUGUGCCUAGCGACGUCUUUGAGCGACUAAGGCCAAAGAUCACAAUUACACCUGGCGCACGCGAGCUGUGCAAAUGUCUGAAGAGACUUGGCUUCACGCUUGCAGUACUUUCAGGCGGCUUCCAACCAUUGGCAAACUGGCUUGCCGGAGAGCUAGGACUCGAUUAUGCUUUCGCGAACCAUCUGGUCUCCGACCCUGAAACAAAAACUUUGACUGGCGAGCUCGACCCAAACCAUCCGAUAGUGAAUGCUGAGCACAAACGAAAUCUGCUGAUGAGCUUAGCAAGUGGAAGAGGCAUACCACUUGCUCAGACGAUGGCAGUUGGAGAUGGAGCCAAUGAUCUGCCCAUGCUCCAAACUGCUGGUCUGGGCGUUGCAUGGAAGGCGAAGCCGAAAGUACAGAUGGAAGCCCCGGCGCGAUUGAAUGUUGGCUGUUCGAUGUUGGAUCUGGUCUAUCUACUGGGAUUCACUGAGGCAGAGGUCGAAGAGUUACUGGCGAGUUGA